AUGGCAGUUGAAUUUGGAGACCUUACCAGUGGCUUCCGCCACACUGAAGUAAUCCGAUUCAUUAACAAUGAAGUCCUUAUGAAUGGCGGGGGUCCUGAAUUUUAUAUGACUUUUCGCUCGCGGCCUUGGAAUGAGAUAGAAGAUCAGCUUUAUACCAUCCUUGUUGACCCCAAAGUGCCACGUUCCCUCAAAAGAGCUUGUACCUGGAGCGCUUUGGCUUUGAGUGUGAGAGUAGGUGCCAGGCAGCGUGAACAGCAGGCUCGUAGAAUUGGGAGGCUGCAAGACCAGGUGGGAGAGCGUGAGUCAGCUUCCUGGACUCUGGCCUCUGAACUACAGCGGCUGAGAGAAGAAAGAGACCAGGCAGCUGCUCAACUGGCUUCUACACAGACUGCCCUACAAGAAGCAAUGGAUGAGAGGGAAAUACUUCGUGGGAGGCUGCUGCAAGCAGAGAGGUCUGCAUUAGCUGUUGUACCUGAACCUAGAACAGAACAGUGUGCAUCAACAGGGUGGUCCCUUGAGGAAGAAGAUCACCAAGAAAUGAGAUCAAGAGAGGCUCGGAACACACCUCAUUUGGAUACCCAGAUGCCAAAACCACCAAUCUUAUCUUAUGUGCCAGGAAUUCCUUGGGUCCAAGCAGUGCAUCCCUUUAUUCGAAUGCCUGUGCCUCAUAUACUACAACUCAAUACACCAUUACCCUUGGCAUUCCCAUAUUCAACACCUGUACCAUGUCCAGUAGUAACGGAAUCAAGAGCACCAGCAGCAGCCAUGGCCACAGUUGUGCCUCAGAUGACUCCUGCAGGAAUCUACCCACCUCGCUUGUGGGUUGCAUUGAGAUCCCAGGAAGCAAUGUCUUCCUCCUGGGGCCAAAUCUACUGUAGGCAGAAUGAAAGUUCUGAGAUUCUCCAGGAUGUAAAUCACUUGGAAGACAGCUUAAGCUACAGUGAAGAAGGUCCAGAGAAAUCUUGGGGAGCAACUCUCCAUGGGGACAGUAUCAAGAGCAACCACAAGGAAAGUCUCGACAAACCCCAGGUGAUGGUAGCCACUGAGAAGAAAAAUCUAGCGAUGUACCAAGAAACAGCUGCACUGGAGGUCAAUACUAACCACAACAUAAUGGUUGUGUCAGGAAUGCCCCAGGAGAUGUCUGCUGAGGAGGACAAAACCAGAUGUACCCAGAAGAAACAUCCAGGAAUUCCCAGGAAGGUGGUUGGAAUGGGAGAUUGCAUCCACUGCAACACGGAAGAAGUUUCAAUAACUCCCCAGGAGACAGCUACCCAGGUGAACAAAACCAGCCCUAUCCUUAAAAAGUAUCCAGGGAUUCUACUGAGGAAGCCUGACCUGGGAAACAUCAUUAGCUGUAAGCAGAAAGAGGACCUGAAGACAAACCAAGGGGCAGUUUUCCUGGGAGAAGGACUCAGAAAUUGCCAGAGGGAUGACACAAUCACUUUUCAGCAGAUGACAAUCCUGGAUACUGGGGAAAAUUCUAAUGAAAAGAAAGUACAAAUACUGACACAGGAGAUAGGCAGGAGCCAGAACCAGAAAGAAGAGCCAAACAAGUUCCAAUCAAGCCCCCUAGGGAAAAGCAAAUAUUAUUUUGUGAAUAAAUGCCCUCCAAAACAACUGCCUCCAAAGCAGAAGUCCAAGCAACAUCAAGGGAUGAAGGUCUUUGAAUCCAAGCAACUCCAAGGGACAAAAUCCUCUGAAACUAAGCAACAGGAAAAAAAACCUCUCUCACACCAUACUCCAAUGAAUUUGGUUUGCCCAUCAUGUAAAGCUAUGAAUCGCUCUUGGUGCAAAGGCUGCUACAAAUGUGGGAAAGAAUGUGUUCAAUUUGAGAGAAAAGAUGUUGACCCACAACAGACUCAAUGA